GGAUUUUAAUCGCAGAAAAAUUGCAGACCAAAAAUUUAAAAUUGUGCUCUUCAUGUUGAAUAUUUUAAGCUAUUUAUGUGAAAAUCUGUAACAAAAUGUCAUCUCGCAACAAAAAGAAGUCACAAAAGGCACCUCCCGAGCCGCCAGCUCCUCCAAAGCCAUUUUACGAGCCACCCGAAUGGUGCACUUCGAAAAAAGUCGCCGAAUUUGCGUCACAAAUCGCUUUCAUGCGAGAAAACAGCGACAUUGUCACCGAACUUCAUGCCGAAGCAAAAUCUCUCAAUUGCCAAAUCCGCGAGACGGAUGUCGAUAAAUUCAUUUUGAAAACGAUAAAAAUGAUCGGAGGCUCGACAAAAAAUCGCUUUGCCCCGCCAGCGACUGUGUGGACUUUUAAUUCAAUCGAAAGUGAGGUCGCUGCCAAUAUUUGGUUCAAAAACGACGAAAAAUACAAAAGUUACGUGGAGGGUCGUGAACGAUACAAGGAAAAAAUUCGCCGGGAAUGCUUCAUUGACAUGCGAAUCAACAAUCCGCCCUUCGAUUGGGGCUUCAUGGGACUUCGGAAUGCCCGAAAAACGAAUGCUUUUCGGUUUGCUCGCGGAAAAACGCCGCUUUUGGAUGAAAAAUACGCAAAAAUGGCCUUUGAGACGGUAGAAAAGUUCAUAGAGAGUCGAAACGAGACGAUGGCAAAGGCGAAAGAAGUCGAAAUUGAGAAUAAAGGAAAAUUUAUCAACGUGAAUGAAGUCACUUUUGAGUUUUUGAUGCACAUGUCGAACUAUUUCGAUGUCAUGUUCGAAUAUUUUCUCCCAGUUUUGAUGGAACACAAGCAAGAAGCGUAUCGGGAAUACAGCGAAUAUGUUUUUCGAGCGGAGGAUUUGUUGGAAAUCGAUCGAAAAGAGGAAUUUUUGAGAGCACGAGUGAAAAUUCGAUACAACGAUGGAUGGCAAGUCUACGAAGAUGAUCAGGAUUUAUUUCAAAUGCGUUUCAAAUAUUUUUUGGACCAAUCAAACGUGAAAAGCCUCGUCGACCGUGCAAUUAAACAUGCCGAAAAUCCGGAUCAAUACAAAAACUGGGACUGGGCUCGCGAAACUCUCACCCGUAAAGUCUACAAUCAGUGGGUCAACGAUGUCCUGGUUGCUCCAUUCACCGACUUAAAAUUCCGCAAAAAACUUACUUUCGAAAUUUUCUUCACAAACAGCAAUUUUUGUGACAUUCUCCGUUCAACUCUGACUAAUUUUGACGAAAAAAUGCCAAAGUCAGUGUGGAUCGAAUUAGCAGCUCGUCGAUAUUUCAACGCAAAAAUUGCCGGAAAUAAAAAAUGGGUGUGCAACAUUAAGUUCAGGGAUGGCACAAAAAUCGAGGAUUAUAAUUUGCCAUCAAAGGAAGAUCGAGUUUUGGAGUUUACGGACGAGAUGAUGAGUGUGCAAUACGCAUUUUUAGAAGUUCCUGAGGAAAAUCGGGAGAAACCGGGUCCAGCAUGUUCUAAAUUGGCGAAAAAAGUUAUUUUUGUGGAUGACAACGAUGAAAAUGUUGCUAUUGAAAUAAGUUUGGAAGAUAAAAUGUCGGAAAUUGAUCUUUUAACACCAACGGAGAGCAUUUCGAGAGCAGAAACGAAGACCACGUAUCCAACUCCGAACGAAAUUCUUGGCGGAAGUCCCUUUAAACAUGGUCCUCCUGUUUCUUGUGCCCCAUCAAUUGUCCAAAAAGUCACGAAUUGGCACGAAAAAUGCAGCAACAUUGAAUUAUCUCAAGGUCCAGUGAGCGGUUCUCAGUUACAAGAAGAGUUUCCUCCGCCCGAACUCGACGUUUCCGACAAAGAUGCCAAUAUUGAAUGCUCAAAUACGGAAGAAAUGGCUACAAUCACGGUUUCACAAAAUCCCGAAGAGCAAUCUGUUGAAAUGGAUCUCUUGCAAAAUUUUGUUCCUGAAUCUCAGUCAACUUUAAAUGAAAAUACUCUAGUGAAAAAUAAUGAAACGAGACAAGAAGAGCGAAUUGCAAUGGUACAAAUUCACACGCAAGGAAGGGAAUUGAUCGUGUCUCAAGGUUCUUUUCGUCAAAAUCCGUGCGAUCCAGUGUUUGCGGUACAAGGCUCGAACGAGUUGACGGCAGUGAAUCGCACACUUGGAGGAAUAUCGGUUAAUAUUGAGCAAACGCCUGAACGACUUUUUGAUGGAAUGGUUGAAAUGGACAUUAACGAACAACCAAUAUUGCAAACAAGCACUCUAGAAGCCCCUUUAUUGACCUCGUCUCAAAUUAAGCAAGAGCACGACACGCAAUAUAGUCAAUAUAGCCAAGUAGUUGAAAUUGUCCCGACGCCAAACGAAAUUAUCGAGAUCGAGGAGGACGAGGAAGAAAACAUGUUUGCCGAUUUACUAAACCAAAACCCCUCAUCGCAAGUCGAACCCGAUGGCGGAAGUCCUUUGGAUGAUUUAACGCCAGAAACGCCAUCGACACCGUCACAGCCCGUCUCAAUUCCCGUUGCAACUUCCAGUAAAACCCCAAAGAAUCCCGUUUUCAAACGUCCUUCGCCCAAAGAUCGACCAUUGCCGAUGAAACCGAGUGCGUUAUACCAUCAGUGGAAAGGCACGCCACGUCAAUCGCAGAGCAACGACAUCGACGAGACCUUUUCCGACGAUGAUUCACAGACAAAACCUCUUCGCAGUGGUAAAAGUACGUCAAAAAACCCGAAUCUCUUAUCACAAAAUAAUUCUUUGUUCUAUAGUUCACAAGUAACGCGUCUUCUUGAACAACCACAGGCUUCGUCAUCAACGUCAACUGUCGUUGCUGCCCCAACUAAUCGCACCACGUACACUUUUCUGCCGAUUUUUUACCUCAAUUCGCUCAAUUUUAAAAUUGAGGGCGACUCGCAACGAAUUUCCGCGAAAAUUCGCAUUCCAGUUGAGAGAGAUCUCGUUGAAAUCACCGACAUGAACAGCAUUCGUCUCCUUUUUGACAUGAAUGAGGAUGAAUUUUCAUCAGUGGAAACUCUUUUGCGUCCCGAGUUUGUUUACACAGCUGGAAAUAGCUCAAGAGGCACAGAUACGCGAUCGAUUGUUCUAAAUACAUUUUUUACGAGAUUGUCACGUGGGCACACACCGUCGUCGUGUAUUUCGCUGUUAAGAAUUUUUGGGCCGAAUGACGAGAUGGUAGAGGCGAAAAUUGUGUUGACGCCAAAUGAUCCGCAACCAGAACAAAGUCACGCGGAAGCUUUUGAUCCAGUUGUCUUUAAAGCCUUGCGGAUGUGAUGAAAAAUUAUUUUUUUAAGUUUGUUCGUUAGAUUUUUUAAUGUUUAAUUCGAGUUAUGGAUUGAAUCCGUUAGUUAAAUAAAAU